GUCCUGUGCAGAACGUUGGUUUAUAGCCUGCUCAUCCUGCAACUCGCUUGCGUGCUUGACAUGUACAAGUGGGCGUAGUAUGUAGCAGAAAGUAUGAGUGUGGCGUAAAGGCGUCGGGAAAUUAAUCAUACCGCAUCUACAGCGAUAUCACUUGCAGCCAUGUCGCAUGCUAACGUCGAUGCGGUGAUCGUGCAUGUGAGCUUUUAUUCACAAGUCCCAUUGUUGCAAGAUACACUCUGUUCUUUUCUUCGUCAGUAGAAAAGUCCAAUUUUUUUCACUUGCUACAGCAGUACCCAUUCUAUAACUCACCUUUGUGUUCAUCUCUUUCCAAUGAGUCAGUGGACGCAAUGGUCUUUUGAAUGGUGACAUUUCUUUACAAAAUAUUCUAAUUGUAUGAUCGAUGUGAGGAAGAAUACCUUUGUCGAGAUGUUCAAUGAUGUAUCAAUAGACUACAAUUCUCUGAUCGAUCCGAUAGUUUGUAUAGAUCGACAUACUCAAUCACUAAAGCAGCUUUCAUCUUCUUAUGCACUCGCAAGGGGAUGGAAAGUAUUAACGCAAUAACCAGAAAAGUCAGCUCUAAGCUUUAUUUUGCUUGCUGCGUAUCUUGCAAUUGUAUCUCAAAUCCAUUGCAUUCCUCUCUACAAGGCUGGCGUCUCACCUUGCAAUUUUCUGCAUUUCUGACUUUAUCUACCUUUCACGCGUUGCAACCACACUAUGAUGCAAAAAUCUGAUCGUAUGACCUUAAUAACCUUAAGUCUGCCGGCUUUAAGUGUAAGCUAAUCUAGUCACAACUGUGCGCCAUGAAGUCAAAUGAUCGGUUGAUCCCUCCAUGUGGCGAGAUUUAAGCACUACGUCGGCUGUAUUGCUCAUUUCAGCCAAUCCCAACCGUAUAAUAGGAUCAU